AUCCGUCUGCGUCUGCCUCCCGAGUGCUGGGAUUAAAGCAGUGCACCACUGCCACCCAGCUAGGAAUGAGAAAUUUAGGCUGAAGAGACAGGAUGUAGGCACCAAGGCAGAUGGUGCUGCCAUGGCAUUUUAAUGUCUACAUUCAGGACAGCAUGGAAGUCUGAGAGAAGGAAAUCGUUUUGGAUAUGAGGUGCAGAAAGAAGACGUGUCCCUGUGAUAAUAGUGAGCAAAUAUGCACCAUCUUGAACUCUAAUAAGUGUCUGGGAUGGGACUGACAAGGAGCCGUAGCAUCAACGUGAUAACUGAAGCCUGGGGUGUGUGAGACCCAUAAGGGAGGACUCGAAGGCCGAGGAAAUCAGCUUGUGACAGAAUCUGGGGGACAUGACUAAGGGAAAAGCAGAUGGAGGGUUGGGAGAAUGUGUGUGGACGGCAGAGUGCUGGCCUAGCAUACAGAGGCCCGGGUCAGUCAGCAGUGAAGACAGCAAUGCUGACAGGUGGGAAAUGACGGUGCUAGAAAGCAAGAAUAUUGCCCAUUGUGUAAAGCAAGAAUGCAGCCCAAGACUGAGUUCUUAGAAUACGCUUCAAUGCCUUAUAGUUUCUCACGCUGGACCUAGUGUAUUCUGCAUACUGUCUAACACGUGGUACAAGCAAACUAAAGGACCACAGGGGAUGCUCACCGAAUUGUAUAAAGUGCCUUUUCUACUGAAUAUAUUCUAAACUGCACCUUAUUUCAAGCUUUGUGGCCAAUGAUGGAAAAGGGGUAUGGAACUUGGGACCUUGGAAGUUCUGUAACUAAGACAUGGAAGUAACAACAGCUAUCAAGACAAAAAGAAUGUUCCUUUCUUUCCCCUUCCAAGUUCUUAGUGAAGGGCCAAGCCCAGGAUCCCAGACUUGUGUGACUAGGUAAACAUUAGGAGACUAACUUCACUUCAGUACCCUCCCUUCAGUGGCUCAAGGUGGCUUCUCAGUGACAGGCUUCUAAGUAGCAAAGCUCCCCACUACGCAAGCCCGACACCAUGGGGAAGGGAGACACCUUGGAAACAGGAUCAGUUACCCCAGCCUAUCGCUCUGUCAUGGAGGAGUAUGGUUAUGAGGUGGGCAAGGUCAUUGGUCAUGGCUCCUAUGGAACUGUAUAUGAGGCUUACUACACAAAGCAGAAGGUCAUGGUGGCUGUCAAGAUCAUCUCAAAGAAGAAGGCCUCUGAUGACUAUCUUAACAAGUUCCUACCGCGUGAGAUACAGGUAAUGAAAGUCUUACGGCACAAGUACCUCAUCAACUUUUAUCAGGCCAUUGAGACCACAUCCCGAGUAUACAUCAUUUUGGAGUUGGCCCAGGGCGGUGAUGUCCUUGAAUGGAUCCAACGAUAUGGAGCCUGCUCUGAGACCCUUGCUGGCAAGUGGUUCUCCCAGAUGGCCUUGGGCAUCGCCUACCUGCACAGCAAGGGCAUUGUGCACCGCCUGACCCCCAGCCUUUCUGCUGCUGGUAGGGACUUAAAGUUGGAGAACCUGUUGCUGGACAAGCGGGAGAAUGUGAAGAUAUCGGACUUUGGCUUCGCCAAGAUGGUGAUGGUGCCUUCUAGCCAGCCUGUGCAUAGUAGCUCUUCUUACCGCCAAAUGAGCUGCCUCUCCCACCUCAGCCAGACCUACUGUGGCAGCUUUGCUUAUGCCUGCCCGGAGAUCUUGCUGGGCUUGCCCUACAACCCUUUCCUGUCUGACACCUGGAGCAUGGGCGUCAUCCUCUACACUCUAGUGGUUGCACAUCUGCCCUUCGAUGACACCAAUCUCAAGAAGCUGCUGAGAGAGACCCAGAAGGAGGUCGUGUUCCCAGCUAACCUCAGCAUCUCCCAGGAGUGCAAGAACCUGAUCUUCCAGAUGCUACGCCAAGCUGCCAAGCGUGCCACCAUCCUGGAUGUCCUCAAGGACCCCUGGAUGCUCAAGUUCCAGUCUGAGCAACCCACGAAUGAAAUCAGGCUACUCGAGGCCAUGUGUCAGCCCUCCAGCACCACUGAGCGUCACAAAUCCUUGGAAGUCACAGCUUGAAAAUGGCUGAGGUGGGGGGCUAAGGAGGAAAGCAGGAGGGCCUGGGGGAAAAUAUUUUAUAUAAAAAUAAAUCUAAUUAGUUUCAUCA